AUGGUGGAUGCUAAACCUAAGAACGUGGUUUUGAUCACUGGUGCUGCUGGAUGGUUGGGGAAUUUGCUCGCAGAAGCUCUCCUCAAAGAUCCUAAAACCCCUGAUGUCCAUUUGAUCUUAUGUGACAUUGUCGAACCUCGAGCUCCUAAAGAUGCUAAACAUGUAAUCACUCGUAAAGCCGAUUUGACGGAUCCAAAGGAAAUCGACGCUUUGUUCACUACCGAAUUUGGACCACCUGAUACUAUUUAUUGUUUCCAUGGUAUCAUGUCCAGAGGUUCUGAAGAUAAUUUCGAUUUGGGUAUCAAGGUCAACAUCGACUCUAUUCGUCUCCUUCUAGAUCGUGCUCGUCAUACACCCACCACCCAACCGAUAAAAUUCAUUUUCACUUCCAGUAUCGCAGUUUACGGUGGUAUACUUCCCCCUAUUGUCGAUUCGACCACAAUCACCACUCCCGAAGGUGCAUACGGAACUGGAAAACUCGUCGCAGAGUUGUUCGUAAAUGAAUACACUCGUAGAGGUUUUGUAGACGGACGUAUCCUUCGACUUCCAACUAUAGUCGUUCGUCCUGGUGUACCAUCAAACGCUACGUCAGCUUUCAUCUCAGGUAUCAUCCGUGAACCUCUUCAUGGUGUUGAAGGAAUAUGUCCAGUUGGGGAUAGUAUCGAUUCACCUGAACUUGAUGAAGUUACUUGUUGGUUAGCAAGUCCAGAAAUCACCAUUCAAAAUUUCGUCAUUGCCAAACAUGUACCUGCUGAGAAGUUUUUGCCUCAUACGAGGACGGUUUAUUUACCUGGUUUCCAUAGUUCAGUGAGGGAAGAACUUGAGGCUUUGAAGGAAGUUGCCGGACCUGAAGCUUUGAAAUUGGUUAAAUUCAAGGACGAUCCAAUCAAUCGUCGUAUCGUAACCUCGUGGCCGACCAAAUACGAUAUUACCUAUCCUCUUUCACUCGGCUUCAUCGUCGACGAAGGUGGGAUGGUACCUAUUGUCCGUCGGUUUAAAGAAGCUGUUGAUGCCGGAUUGGCCUAG